GGCACUCUCCAGUGGGGUGUGGCCGUGCACAGUCCCCUUUCUCCCAUUUCCCGCCCUCUCGGGGUGUGGGGCACGCAGAGGCAUGUGCUCAGUGUGUUUCUCAAGCCACUGGGGCUGGGACUCAGUGCGUGGUCGGCCCUGUGGAAUCUAGCUCUCCAAACACCAGACCACAGAUUUGUAAGACUCCAAGGCCUUCAAGCCAUGAUUAAUCUGAUAGUUGCUGAAAUGACUGGGAAUACUGACGUGCCACGUGCCAAUUGAAGAGUGUCUCUGUAUAUUUAAAAUCUUCCUGUACAUACCCAGGUGCAGGAGAAGACAGCCUCCCUCUUGGGCACUCUGAGAGUUUUCCAACUGAUGAAAAUUCAUUCAAGAAUCAGAUGGAGCAACCUGACACCACUGGGCUCAGGAGCCCUGGGAGAAACAUACAUCAUUAAUGGCCAGUUUUCCAGCUGGUCUUCAUGGGUAAAGAAAGUUUGCAAAAAGAAGAAAAAAAAAUUUACACAGGCUAAGCCUCAAAAAUACCUCUUUAGCUUAAAGAAGGAAGUAAGCGAGAAGGUGACCGAGGGAGAAGUGUGAUUUGAGACGCUGCCCGUGGGGUCAUGCAGAGUUUUUUGCACUUUAUUUUUCAGUGGAUUCGGUAAUUCAGACCGACUUUGAAAUUUCAGACUGAGAAGUUACUCUUCCCUGGCUCCAGCUGGAGGAAAGCAAGUCCAGAUUCAACGGGACACGUUUGAACAGCGAACUGGUUGCUUUGCCUUUUUUAGUUAACUGUAUUCAAGAAAUUUUAAUUUAUUAUUUCCCCUUUCCUGCAUCUAUAGGAUGUUACCUUAAAAUAGCAGUUUAAGUCAAUAAUUACAAAAUAAAUAUCAAGGAAAAAUCCAAGCAAGGCUUCCUUUUCCUUGGACGAAAGGUGCGGUGUUUGCAGUCUCUGAAUGUGAACAGAAAAGGCCCGUCAGCAAAACCUGAGACCUCUAGGGAAGCAGCGGGGGAGAAGCUGGCCCUGGCCUGGGUUUUAUUUUAAGGAAUUGUCUUCCCUGUUGAGUACAAGAAGAAUUGCACAUGAGGAGGAGAUUAUUUGAUAGACUUAAUUUUGACACUAGUAUUUUCAUCAAGAUGGAAAAAAGUAUGUGAUCUUUAGGAGCAGAAAAGGGAAGAAGUGACCAAGGGAGUGAAAAAGAGUUGGACAAAAACCAAAAUCCUACAGCGUGGCUCUGUCUUGUCAGCAAAAGGAUUUAGGCCUCUGCCAAGGCAAACGCAAACCACUUUAAGAGCUUUCGAACGUUCCGCCUGUGCCCCUGCCCCUGCCCCUGCCCAGCGAAGGGGCUUUCUCCCUGGCCUCUAUGGCACUGUGGGGUGGGCCAGCUGGCGGAGGAGCAGGCCAAUGGGGACCUGCACUCCCUGGGGACACGGGGCCGAGCUUUGAGACGGGAAGUUUCUGGUUCUGACUAGUGGAGAAAGAGUCUUUUUUUUCUUCCUAAAAUUUGGACUGCUGUCUGCACAAACGCUGGUGUGUUUUGCACAGUUUGUGUGCCUUUUUUCCCUUUAUGCAAUCUUUUUCAGCUUUUGCAGCAGAAAUUUGUCUCGUUCAGAAAACACGCCAGAGAGUGGCUUCAGAAGGAAGAUGUUCCAAUAUGUCCUGUCUCUGUAACCGAACUUCUGAAGAGAAAAUUCCAGCUAGAGGGAUUCUUAACGCCUUAAGUUACUUGAAAUCUAUGUAUUUGCAAACCUUUGUCUCUGGAAUCAUAUUACACUAAACUGGAAUCUCAGGCUGAAUGAGAAUAACCAAGCUGAGUAAAACGAAGAAAACUCUAUUUCUCGAUCACCACUUACUAACCAUGCUCUUUCUCCAAAGGAUCAGCACGUUCUUCCCCUAAGGACUUCAAAAUGAAAACGGACCCCAUGUUUUUUUAAGCAUUACCUUUUCUUAGCAGACUGCCAUCAUCUUUUAUAGAAGAAUUUUUUCACUAUGCAUUUGGUGGAUCUUUAUAAAAUACUGACCUUCUAAUUAGAGCCAGGUCAGUCUUAAUUAAAGGAGGAGAAAAAAGCAACGCAAGCCAACCACUGAAAUAAAACAAACAAACCAAUGAAAGAGAUUGGUUUACAUUCUCAGCAGUAAACAUUGCUUUGUAAGUCAGACAGCUUGCUGGAGAAAGUAUGUACGCAGCGGUGGAGCACGGGCCUGUGCUGUGCAGUGACUCCAACAUCCUCUGCCUGUCCUGGAAGGGGCGCGUCCCCAAGAGUGAGAAGGAGAAGCCCGUGUGCAGGAGGCGCUACUAUGAGGAGGGCUGGCUGGCCACAGGCAACGGGCGCGGCGUGGUUGGGGUGACCUUCACCUCCAGCCACUGCCGCAGGGACAGGAGCACCCCGCAGAGGAUCAACUUCAACCUGCGGGGCCACAACAGUGAGGUCGUGCUGGUGAGGUGGAACGAGCCAUACCAGAAACUGGCCACGUGCGACGCCGACGGCGGGAUAUUUGUGUGGAUUCAGUACGAAGGCAGGUGGUCUGUGGAGCUGGUCAACGACCGCGGGGCUCAGGUGAGUGAUUUCACGUGGAGCCACGAUGGAACACAAGCACUUAUUUCGUAUCGAGACGGGUUUGUCCUGGUUGGUUCUGUCAGUGGACAGAGACACUGGUCGUCUGAGAUCAACUUGGAAAGCCAGAUCACGUGUGGCAUAUGGACUCCUGAUGACCAACAGGUGCUGUUUGGCACAGCUGACGGGCAGGUGAUCGUCAUGGACUGCCACGGCAGGAUGCUGGCCCACGUCCUCCUGCACGAGUCCGACGGCAUCCUCAGCAUGUCCUGGAACUACCCCAUCUUCCUGGUGGAAGACAGCAGCGAGAGUGACACGGACUCCGACGACUACUCCCCGCCUCAAGAUGGUCCAGCAGCGUAUCCCAUCCCGGUGCAGAACAUCAAGCCUCUGCUCACUGUCAGCUUCACCUCGGGAGACAUCAGCCUGAUGAACAACUACGAUGACUUGUCUCCCACCGUCAUCCGCUCAGGGCUGAGAGAGGUGGUGGCCCAGUGGUGCACUCAGGGGGACCUGCUGGCAGUCGCUGGAAUGGAUCGGCAGAACCAGCUCGGGGAGCUUCCCAACGGUCCCCUUCUGAAGAGCGCCAUGGUCAAGUUCUACAACGUUCGUGGGGAGCACAUCUUCACACUGGACACACUCGUGCAGCGCCCCAUCAUCUCCAUCUGCUGGGGCCACCGGGACUCGCGGCUGCUGAUGGCGUCAGGACCAGCCCUGUACGUGGUCCGCGUGGAGCACCGGGUGUCCAGCCUGCAGCUGCUGUGCCAGCAGGCCAUCGCCAGCGCCCUGCGGGAAGACAAGGACGUCGGCAAGCUGACCCUGCCCCCCCGCCUGUGCUCCUACCUCUCCACCGCCUUCAUCCCCACCAUCAAGCCCCCGAUUCCAGACCCCAACAACAUGCGAGACUUCGUCAGCUAUCCAUCGGCUGGCAACGAGCGGCUGCAUUGCACCAUGAAGCGCACGGAGGACGACCCUGAGGUGGGCGGCCCGUGCUACACGCUCUACCUGGAGUACCUGGGCGGGCUGGUGCCCAUCCUCAAGGGGCGGCGCGUCAGCAAGCUGCGGCCCGAGUUCGUCAUCAUGGACCCGCGGACAGACAGCAAGUCAGAUGAAAUCUAUGGAAACAGCUUGAUUUCUACGGUGAUCGACAGCUGCAAUUGCUCAGACUCCAGUGACAUCGAACUGAGUGACGACUGGGCUGCCAAGAAAUCUCCCAAAAUCUCCAGAGCAAGCAAAUCCCCCAAACUCCCAAGGAUCAGCAUUGAGGCCCGCAAGUCCCCCAAGCUGCCGCGGGCGGCCCAGGAGAUCUCCCGGUCGCCCCGGUUGCCCAUGCGCAAGCCCUCCAUCGGCUCACCCAGCCUGGUGCGGAGAGAGUUUCCUUUGGAAGACAUUACUCAGCACAACUAUCUUGCUCAGGUCACGUCUAAUAUCUGGGGAACCAAAUUCAAGAUCGUGGGCUUGGCCGCUUUCCUGCCAACCAACCUCGGUGCAGUCAUCUAUAAAACCAGCCUCCUGCACCUCCAGCCGCGGCAGAUGACCAUUUACCUCCCAGAAGUUCGGAAGAUUUCCAUGGACUACAUUAACCUGCCCGUCUUCAACCCCAACGUUUUCAGUGAAGAUGAAGAUGAUUUACCAGUGACAGGAACACCUGGCGUCCCUGAGAACAACCCGCCCUGUACCGUGAACAUCCCUAUAGCCCCGAUCCACAGCUCGGCUCAAGCUAUGUCCCCCACGCAGAGCAUAGGGCUGGUACAGUCCCUGCUGGCCAAUCAGAAUGUGCAGCUGGAUGUCCUGACCAAUCAGACGACAGCCAUGGGGGCAGAACAUGCAGGUGACGGUGCCACUCAGUACCCAGUCUCCAGCCGGUACUCCAGCCCCGGACAGGUGAUUUUCGGAGGUGUGGAAAUGGGCCGCAUCCUCCCAAAUCCCCCUCCAUUGUCCUUGCCACCCCCGCCACCACCACCCCAGGGGGCCAUGCAGCUGUCCAUGGUGGACCAUGGAGACCGGGACCACGAGCACCUGCAGAAGUCCACCAAGAUCCUGCGGCCCGUGCCUCCGCUGGUGGCUGAGGGGGACUCGGUGGUCUUUAGCGCCCCCCAGGAGGUCCAGGUGACGAAGAUGAACCCUCCUCCCCCCUACCCAGGCACCAUCCCCGCCCCCCCCACCACGGCGGCGCCCCCACCCCCUCUGCCUCCACCACAGCCUCCCGUAGACGUGUGCUUGAAGAAGGGCGACUUCUCGCUCUACCCCACGGCGGCCCAUUACCAGACCCCCCUGGGCUAUGAGCGGAUCACCACCUUCGACAGCAGUGGCAACGUGGAAGAGGUGUGCCGGCCUCGGACGCGGAUGCUCUGCUCCCAGAACACCUACACACUCCCUGGCCCGGGCAGCUCGGCUACCCUGAGGCUCACAGCCACUGAGAAGAAGGUCCCCCAGCCCUGCACCAGUGCCACCCUGAACCGCCUGACGGUCCCUCGCUACUCCAUUCCCACUGGAGACCCACCCCCAUACCCCGAAAUUGCCAGCCAGCUGGCCCAGGGGCGAGGCCCUGUCCAGAGACCGGACAACAGCCUCAUCCAUGCCACCCUGCGCAGGAACAACCGCGAGGCCGCCCUCAAGAUGGCCCAGCUGGCCGACAGCCCGCGGGCCCCUCUGCCACCCCCAGCCAAGCCCAAGGGCGGCCCCCCAGUGCAGCGGCGCAGGCCCGGGCCCACAGCCCGGCGCCAGCCUGGCCCAUGGCGUCAGUGCCUCCCCACUGGCCUCACAGUCCUCCUACAGCCUCCUGAGCCCGCCCGACAGCGCCCGCGAGCGCACCGACUACGUCAACUCGGCCUUCUCUGAGGACGAGGCCCUAGCCCAACACUGUCAGCUCGAGAAGCCCCUGCGGCACCCCCCACUGCCCGAAGCUGCUGUCGCCGUGAAACGGCCACCCCCUUACCAGUGGGACCCUGUGCUGGGUGAGGACGUUUGGGUCCCUCAGGAAAGGACAGCACAGACUGCAGUGCCCAACCCCUUAAAACUGCCCCCUCUGAUGCUGGGCCAGGGCCAGCACCUGGACGUGUCCCGAGUGCCCUUUGUCCCCCCCAAGUCCCCCGCCAGCCCGACUGCCACUUUUCAGACAGGCUAUGGGGUGGGAGUGCCGUAUCCAGGGAGCUACAAUAAUCCCCCUUUGCCUGGAGUGCAGGCCCCCUGCUCCCCCAAAGACGCCCUGUCCCCGAUGCCAUUCGCACAGCAGGAGCCCGCCGCAGUCCUCCAGCCCGCGGGGUACCCACCCGGCCUGUCCUACUGCACCCUGCCACCCAUGUACCCAGGGAGCAGCACGUGCUCCAGUUUACAGCUGCCACCCAUCGCCUUGCACCCCUGGAGCUCCUACAGCGCCUGCCCGCCUGUGCAGAAUCCCCAGGGCACUCUGCCCCCCAAGCCUCACCUGGUGGUGGAGAAGCCCCUCGUGUCCCCCCCGCCCACCGACCUCCAGAGCCACAUGGGUACAGAGGUGAUGGUAGAGACCGCAGACAACUUCCAGGAAGUCCUCUCCCUCACUGAGAGCCCAGUCCCCCAGCGCACAGAAAAGUUUGGAAAGAAGAAUCGGAAGCGCCUGGAUAGUCGUGCAGAAGAAGGCAGCGUCCAGGCCAUCACCGAGGGCAAGGUGCGGAAGGAGGCCAGAGCUCUGAGCGACUUCAACUCGCUCAUCUCCAGCCCCCGCCUGGGGAGAGAGAAGAAGAAAGUGAAGAGUCAGAAAGACCAGCUGAAGUCGAAGAAGCUGAACAAGACGAAUGAGUUCCAGGACAGUUCGGAGAGCGAGCCGGAGCUCUUCAUCAGCGGGGACGAGCUGAUGAACCAGAGCCAGGGCAGCAAGAAGGGGUGGAAGAGCAAGAGGAGCCUGCGCACCGCCAGCGAGCUGGAGGAGUUCAAGUGCAGGAAGGCCAGCGAGAAGGAGGAUGGGCGGCUGGGCAGCCAGGGCUUCGUGUACGUGAUGGCCAACAAGCAGCCACUGUGGAACGAGGCCACCCAGGUGUACCAGCUGGACUUUGGUGGACGGGUGACACAGGAGUCGGCCAAGAACUUCCAGAUCGAGUUGGAGGGAAGGCAGGUGAUGCAGUUUGGACGGAUUGAUGGCAACGCUUACAUCCUAGACUUCCAGUACCCCUUCUCCGCCGUGCAGGCCUUCGCAGUUGCCCUGGCCAAUGUGACUCAGCGCCUCAAGUGACAUGACU